AUGCAAGAAUACAAUCGAGCUGUCGAACGUCGUAACCAAGAAAUCGAGAUUGCCGAAAGAAGAGAACGUGUCAGAAAAGCACAAGAAGCCAACAGAAAAGCGGCGGAAGAAGCAGCAAAACAACAAGCGCAAUUUGGAGCAGGACCAGAAGAUGAUUUCGAUUUUUCGACUUUUGGAGGUGGCGGCGCGGCUGGAGGCAUGCCAAAAGGAGCCGCUGAUCUUUUCAGUGAUCCCGAAAUUGCGGCCGCUUUGCAAGAUCCGGAGAUUUUGCCAGCGUUGAUGGAUAUUAUGAGCAAUCCGGCGAAUAUGAUGAAAUAUUUGAAUAAUCCGAAAGUUGCCAAAUUGAUUGCCAAACUUCAAAAGAGCGGUGGAUGUGAGUUUUUUUGAAAUCAAAUUUUUGAAAUCAUAAACUUUUUGCAGUCCCUGGAUUCGGAGGACCGGGCGGAGCCCCAACUGGAGGAUGUCCAGGAGGCGGAUGCACCGAUUCUGGAUGCUCUGACAACUUUUCUGCUCCACCACCACCAUCCAAAGCACCAGAACCAGAUCUUGAUUAA